UUUUUACAAAAUCCCCGACUGUGACAUUGGCAGGUUUUCGUACCUGAAAGGCGAUGAAUUUGUAAUUACAUUCAAGAGAAACCACUUUCUUUAUAUAGUUAUACUUCUGUUGAUGAAUUUUAGUGGUAAAUUGUAUCUACUUUUAAUACGGCUCAGCAACAUUCAAGUAUAAACGGUACUAAUCUACCUCAAUUUAUUCAUCUUGUGUAUUACAGUUUCUAGCUGAAGACUUGUUUCUCUAAUUUGAAUUCAAAGUUUUUUCUGUUCCAUACUUAACUUACGAAGACUUCACUUUCUCCAAGGUUUUAUCCCAACAUUUUUUGACCAAAAAAAAGAAAAAAGAUAAAACACUUAAAGUGGUAGUAUGGUUGAAAAAAGAAAAAAUGAAGAUGAAUCUAUUAUUCCAACAAGUGAACAUGUAAAGAAGCUUGCUACUAAUGAAAGUGUAAGUGAGGACGUCGUUAGAGAAAGAAUCGUAAUAUUACUGGGUUAUUCAGGAUUCGGCUACCAUGGAAUUCAAAUUAAUGAGCCCUUAAAGACGAUUGAAGGGGACAUUGUGCAUGCCUUGAAGGAUUUGGGAUAUCUAAAGAAAGCGACAUUAGAUGAAAAGCACCUUGUGAUCGCUAGAGCUGCGAGGACAGACAAAGGAGUUCAUACUCUUGGAAACCUUGUUUCUUUAAAUGUCUAUGUACAAAAUUCGCUAAAUCCAUCAGAGUUGCGCGAAAAGCUAAAUGCUAAAUUGAGCAGGCAAAUACGCGUAUGGGAUGUAUUUCAAGUACAAAAGUAUUUCAAUCCGAGAAUCUCUUGUGAAUCGCGUACUUACGAAUAUUUGAUACCAUCGUUUUCCUUGAUACCUCCAAAAGAUUCGACACCAUUGUUCAAAAAAUCACAGAAAAAUUUUGAGAGGGAGCCAAAAAAUCAACUGGAUAGUCUGCUACUUUCUUCAACAGUUGAUACUAGGAAGUUUUGGGAACAAGUGGAAAUUAGAUGCAAAAAACUUCAAGACGAAUUUAAAGAGAAUCCGGAAACGUUUACCAACCCAUUUACUGGUUUCUUUCCUGAGAAACCUAUCCCUGCUCAUAUAAAGGUACCACAUGAAGCCAAGCUGAAAAAAGCUUUGAAAAACGCGGACCAUUUCUAUUACAUGAACUAUCGAGUUCCUGAAGAACGUCUAGAAUUACUUCAAAAAGUAUUUCAAUUGUAUAUAGGAAGACACAAUUUUCAUAACUUUACGAUCACUCAAGACCCAAGAGCACCCAGCAACUAUCGAACCAUUGAAUCCAUUGAAUGUGGUAUGCCGUUCAUUUAUGAGAAUUGGGAAUGGAUUCCAGUAACAAUUCGCGGUAAUUCCUUUAUGCUGAACCAAAUUCGUAAAAUGAUUGCUCAUGCUCUAAUGGUGAUACGAAGUUGCGCAAGUUUGAGUGUCAUAACAAAAGCUCUUUCACCCGAAGUGUCUAUGAAUAUUAGCAAAAGUCCCGGACAUGUAUUGGUUUUGAAGGAUAUUAGUUUUUCCACUUAUAACAAGUCAUUGCAGGAUGAAAAUCAUGUCAAAAUAGAUCUUGUCAAAUACAAAGAACAAAUGGAGAAUCUUAAGAAGGAAGUCAUUUAUCCUGACAUUAUCCAAUUGGAGCAGAAAGAAAAGAUGUUCUUUAGCUUUUUAGCUUAUGCUGAUCAGCACACGAAGGAUCAAUUUGACUAUUUAUUUCAACCAUAAAUUCUCUAGACUUUGUUUAUCUUUCUAAGUGUAGGCCUUCUAUGGAGAGGAUUUAGUAUUAGAAUAAAAAAAAAUAUCCAGUUCCUGAUGUAUUUGAAGAUACAA